AGUCACGGGUGAACGCUCUGUCUAUUUCACCUCAUCGUGCACUCUCCAACGACUUGAGUUAUUUCACAUUGCGUCCUCUCCUUUAUUUCUUUUUGCUCUACAUCAGAGUGAACUCACAUCUGCACGACUACUUGAGAUCGCAUGGCCCCUUAAACAGCUUCCCAACCUCACCUCCACAACCUAAGCAAUAAUCAUGUUCGACAAGCUAUUCGGUGUUACGAAGAAGACGUUCCUCGAGAAGAUUGUUGUUCGCGCUAGCGACCACGACAAAUUCAACGACAAUAAGUGCAUGUUCUGUUGGGGCUCAUACGACGAAGAUCAUCGCGCUGUUCGCGUGCAGCCAUGCAACCAUGUAUUCGGACGCGACUGCCUCGAAGAGAUGAUCAACGCCCAGAAUGGAGACCAAUGUCCCAUCUGCCGAACAGUGUGGUUUCAGCCUCCUUUCAGAGUUUUCCUCGGAUGUCUCCUUCUAGACAACCUUAUGCGUCUGCAACUUUGAAUACUUUUCGCUACUUAUCGACUGAGAGCAUUCUGGUACAGACUCAAACCGUUCUGGUAUAGACUUCCGGCCUUGAUCAGGUUUCCACUCAAAACCAUCAACUCCUGGUUCUACAUGUCAAACCCGUACUACCAGAUCGACUUUAUCUUACAGCACCUUACCAAUAUAUAUCCGAGGAACCAGAUCUUAGAACUCC